AUGUUUCUGGAUCGUCUACGUACUGCGCAGCCCAACAGCGCGUGCGUGAUGGAGUCCUUCGACGUUACCGCCCUUUAUACAAACGUGUCGAAUGACUCCGCAAUGCAAGCCAUAUUCGAACUCCUUACACAACACGAACGAGAAAUAAACAUAUGGUCUGGAAAGAACUACGCUCAAAUAAGAGGGUUGGCAAUGGGACAACGACUGGCUCCAAGCCUUGCCAUUGCAUUUAUGUCUAAGGUGGAAGCACCGGUUACUGAUCUCGGGCCGCUACUCUACUGUAGCCCAUCUUACGAAUACCCAGAUGUUUCUGGAUCGUCUACGUACUGCGCAGCCCAACAGCGCGUGCGUGAUGGAGUCCUUCGACGUUACCGCCCUUUAUACAAACGUGUCGAAUGA